GCCAACAGCACUUGAAAUUCAUAAACAAUUUAUAAAUUGCAUAAACACAACUUGAAUAAUGGCAACUAUUGUGCGUAAACUGAUCAGCACUGCAAAUGCGGCCAAGCCAGUGGCGCCAUACAAUCAAGCAGUUGUUGCUGAUCGCACUGUCUAUGUCUCUGGCUGCUUGGGCCUGGACAAAGAUGCAAAACUGGUAGCCGGCGGUGCAACUGCACAAGCGGAGAUGGCGCUCAAAAAUCUGGAGGCCAUACUUAAGGCAGCUGACUCUGGUGUGGACAAGGUGGUCAAAAAUACGGUGUUCCUGAAAGAUCUAAAUGACUUUGGCGCGGUCAAUGAGGUGUACAAGCGAGUUUUCAAUAAGGAUUUCCCAGCCCGCAGCUGUUUCCAGGUGGCCAAACUGCCAAUGGAUGCGCUUGUGGAAAUUGAAUGCAUUGCAUUGACUGGCGCUGUUCAUACUGUGACUUCAGAUUAGCCAUCAAAUUCAGCUAAAUUGUGAAACAAUAAAAAACCACAUAAACGAAGAAA